AUGAACCGAAUGCCAGCUAUCUCUCAUCCGAAUUUCAUCCUAGCCCGCACCGGUGAUGUACCUGAAAACUUGCUCGAGUUCUCUCGCUGGCACCAAAAUCUGGUGGCCGACAACGUGAAAUUCUUUGCUCUAUCUUGGGAAAGUCCUCAGGAUGUUGAUCAAACGUACCGCGAGAGCCUAAGCCAUGAGUACGAACGAGAGCUGAAUUUGUUACUUGAUUCUCUUCCCAUUCGAUUCCAUCCAUUGAUCAAGAAAUCUUUAGACUUAUUGUCGGCCAUCUUCUCUCUUCCUAUGGUGUUACUACAUAAUAAUUUUGGUUCUUUCAGCAUGCUGGUAGAUGAAAACUCUUGUAAUCUGCUCGGCGUUAUUAAUUGGACCGAAGCUGAGAUUGCCCCAUUUGGUAUAAAUCUCUACACUCAUGAUCGGUUGAUAAAGUAA